UAAGUGUUUGUGAUGGAAUUAAAUUGUAGCAUCAAAUGUUCUUAAAAAGAAUAUUAUAGCAUUAAAUUAUUGAGUUUUCAACAGGAAAUAAAAAUUAAUUCACCUUGGGUCCAAAAAUAAUAAUAAUAAUAAUUAACCUAUAUAUGUUAAAUUGAAAACCAUCCAAAUGUUAAGAAUCAAUACAGUGCCGUUGCAAGCCUGCGUCCACAACAGCGCUGUAAAACCCUAAUUGAGCAAUCAGAAGCCAAAACCCUGAAGAAAAAAGAAGGAGAAGGAGGAAAAGCAGAAAUGGGAAAGGUUCCACUUUCAUUACGUUCAGCAAUCCCAACAGCAUCAAACAUGAAAAAGCCUCCACUAAUUCCCGCAGUAUCCCCAUCUCCAUCUGAAAAAUCUCAUCACUUUCCGAGGAAAAAACUAUCCAAACUUUCCCAGGAAACCAAACUUCCUGCCUCUCCUGGAACCCACCUCCAGAAGCCCCUCUUCAAGUCUCCUGAACUCGAUGACGCCAAGAAACUCUUCAAUGCUCUUAUUUCCACCACACGGGUUCCUCUCGACCUCCGCUUCCACAAUUCUUUCCUCCAAUCGUACGCCUCAAUCUCCACCAUUGAUAGCUCCAUCUCCCUACUCCACCACAUGGUCAAAACUCUCCCUUCCUUCACCCCUGAUCGAUCCACUUACCAUAUUUUACUCUCCCAGUCCUGCAGAACAAUUGCUCCCUCCCUUUCGGCUGUUCACCAGAUUCUCAAUCUGAUGGUCAACAACGGGUUUGAUCCUAACCAGGUUACCGUUGAUAUUGCAGUACGGUCUCUCUGCUCUGUUGGCCGAGAAGAUGAUGCUGUUGAAUUGGUAAAAGAAUUAUCCUUGAAGCACUCCAAGCCUGAUACUUUCACUUAUAAUUUUCUCAUUAAGUGCUUGUGUAAGUGUAGGGCAUUGAGUACUGUUUAUAAUUUUAUCGAUGAAAUGAGAUCUUCAUUUGAUAUAAUGCCUGAUCUUGUUACCUAUACUAUUUUAAUUGAUAAUGUUUGUAAUUCUAAAAAUCUCCGUGAGGCUACAAGGUUGGUUGGUAUAUUAAGAGAGUGUGGAUUUAAGCCCGAUUGCUUUGUCUAUAAUACAAUUAUGAAGGGUUACUGUAUGCUGAGUAGAGGAAAUGAGGCCAUUGAGGUUUAUAAGAAAAUGAAGGAGGAAGGAGUGGAGCCUGAUCUUGUUACCUACAAUACUUUGAUUUUUGGGUUAUCCAAAUCUGGGAGAUUGAGUGAAGCUAAAAAGCACUUGAAAAUCAUGGUAGAAUCAGGUCAUUUUCCUGAUGCUGUUACUUACACUUCAUUGAUGAAUGGGAUGUGCAGAAAAGGGGAUGCAUCGGGUGCAUUGUCAUUGCUAUCAGAGAUGGAAGAAAAAGGGUGUAGUCCAAAUUCGUGCACAUAUAAUACAUUGAUUCAUGGGUUAUGCAAGGGGAGAUUGUUGGAGAAAGCCAUCGAAUUGUAUCUGGUAAUGAAGGAAGAUGCUAUGAAGCUCGACACAGCUUCAUAUGCCACGUUUGUGAGGGCACUUUGCAGGGAGGGUAAAGUUGCUGAGGCUUAUGAGGUGUUUGAUUAUGCAGUAGAGAGUAAGAGUUUAACUGACAUUGCUGCUUACUUGACAUUGGAGAGUACGCUGAAGUGGCUGAAGAAAGCCAGAGAGCAAGGCCUAGCUGUUUAACUGGCCUGAUGAUACUCCUGGGGAUGGAGUUUACUAUCAUCAGCUCUCCUGAGAUAUAGGUUUGGAAGGUUCUUGGUUUGAGUUGUUGACAACCUUUCAUUGUUCAGAAAAAGAGUAAUGGAUGGCUUUACACUUGGAUGUUCUACCUAAACAAUAUAAGCAUAUAAUACAAAAUCUCUUUGUCGAAACUGCUGUGGCUAAGGAUAUGAACUUAUUUAUAAUACUUCUUGAAGCUGGCAAGGCAUAUGAACUUAUGCUUGGUGUGUAGAGGGAGAUAUUCCGCUGCCUCUCAUCGAAGACUUUACAAGCUGCCAGUUGCGACUGCAAGUUGGGUAAUUGCCCCUUAAUGAAGGAAUUUUAAUACUAAGUUACAUUGAAGUCAUCUGCAUAGUGCAUCACCAAGUUAGUGCCAUCUUUUCUUUGUUGUUGAUUAGCUGAUGUGAAAUCACCCGAUGCACCAUCAAGUUUUGGUAGAAAUAGAUUUUUCCUUGGAAUACGAACCUUGUUCCCUUCCCAUAUUCGCUUGUUAUCCUUCUGUCCCAAGAAAUGAUACAUCAGACCAGAAAUUGUAACAGAGCAUGACUAUAUAAUGAAAUAAAAAUGUAAUAAAGCAAUUAUUCUAUUGCAUUUCAAAGCAACA